GAGAUUUUAUCCUAAUAUAAUUAAACUAAAGUUAAGGUGUAAUUUUAGUGGUUUUUAUUGAUGGACUAAGCCUACCCAUAUGUCACACCCAUCUGUCUUUGAAAUUAGUGGUUUCUAUUCUACUACUAUUCAAAACUUAAAGAGCAUUGCAAGUUCAUUAGUCGGCACUGCACAUGACCAUUGAUUAAUUAAGAAAUAUAUAUUGGAACUCAACGCUCCAAACUGAGGCCAGAGACCCUAAUAGUCUCAAGAGACUACUUGAGAACAACAGGUCAGCUCAAGCUCUUUCUUUUGUAUUUUUUUUCUUUACUUCCUACCUCCUUCCACCCUAGAAAUAAAAAAAGGGGAAAAAAAAAAAAACUUUGACUUCAAAUCUUAUUUGUCAAUCUUGGUGUACAUUUGGAGUUUCUGAUUCUUUUCCUGUUCGGAUUUCAAAAAUCAAAGCUUUCACAAGGAACACGUUUUCAUGGGUUCUUUAUAUCACUUUCUCAUUUAUAUGCUUUACGAAUCCUGUAGCUGAUCAGUAGUACCCCAGUUCAUCCUCCUCUGUUUUCCAGGUUGUUUCUUUUUGUAUCAAAAUUUUUUUUUUUUGGGUGUAUUUUUCAACUCCAAUUUUUGUCGGUGGAACUGAAAAAAAUGGCUCCAAAUUCAGUUUCAAUCACAAUUGAGAAGCCUAACAACUCUGUAAUGGAGGUCAAUGGUACGGAUUCAACCAUGUUUCUCGAGAAAGAAAAAGCUGUGAGCACCAAGCAGUUCACGUGGGUUCUUCUCCUUAAAGUUCAUAGAGCUUUUGCUUGUCUUUCAUGGCUGGCCACGGCUUUUGGUAGCAUGUUCGUUUCACUUAAGAAGCGCAUUGCCUUGUCUGACGUGAGUGAUGAAGAACCCAAGAGCAGAGUGAGGCUAUACAGAUUUAUCAAAAUUUUCCUUUUCAUAUCGAUUGUAGCUUUGGUGAUAGAAAUCAUUGCCCAUUUCAAGAAAUGGAAUUUGAAUCUGAUCCAGCCAUGGGAGGUUCAAGGUCUUGUGCAAUGGUCUUAUAUGGCCUGGUUAUCAUUCAGGGUUGAUUAUAUUGCUCCACUGGUGGUUACCCUCUCCAGAUUCUGCACUCUAUUAUUCUUGAUUCAGUCUCUUGAUCGGCUAGUUCUAUGUGUUGGAUGUUUCUGGAUCAAGUACAAGAAAUUAAAGCCCACAAUUGAACCAGAUUCCAUUGAGAUUGAAGAUUCUUCCAGUUUUCCUAUGGUCCUUGUUCAGAUUCCUAUGUGCAAUGAGAGAGAGGUGUACGAGCAAUCAAUUGCAGCUGCCUGCCAACUGGAUUGGCCAAAAGAUAGGAUUCUCAUUCAAGUCUUGGAUGAUUCAAGUGAUGGAAACAUACAGCUUCUGAUCAAAGAGGAAGUCUCUUCUUGGAGUCAGAAAGGGGUCAACAUAAUCUACAGACAUAGAUUGAUCAGAACUGGGUAUAAAGCUGGCAACCUUAAAUCUGCUAUGUCCUGUGAUUAUGUCAAAGACUUUGAGUUUGUAGCAAUAUUUGAUGCUGAUUUCCAGCCAAAUCCUGAUUUCCUCAAACAGACCAUUCCCCACUUCAAGGGGAGACCUGACUUGGGACUUGUCCAGGCUCGCUGGUCUUUUGUGAACAAGGAUGAGAAUUUGCUGACAAGACUCCAGAACAUCAAUCUGUGCUUUCAUUUCGAAGUGGAGCAGCAAGUGAAUGGUGUUUUUCUCAAUUUCUUUGGGUUCAAUGGAACUGCAGGAGUUUGGAGAAUUAAGGCUUUGGAAGAUUCAGGAGGCUGGCUUGAGAGAACAACUGUUGAGGAUAUGGACAUUGCAGUUCGAGCACACUUGAAUGGAUGGAAAUUCAUCUUUGUCAAUGAUGUCAAAGUGCUUUGUGAAUUGCCCGAGUCUUAUGAAGCUUAUAAGAAACAGCAGCAUCGGUGGCACUCCGGUCCAAUGCAGCUCUUCAGAUUAUGUUUUCCUGCUGUCAUAACUUCUAAGAUUUCAAUUUGGAAGAAGGCCAACUUGAUAUGUCUGUUCUUUCUUUUGAGGAAGCUGAUACUUCCCUUUUACUCAUUCACACUGUUUUGUGUCAUACUACCAUUGACCAUGUUCAUACCAGAGGCUGAACUGCCUCUUUGGGUAAUUUGCUAUGUCCCAAUUUUCAUGUCCCUUCUAAACAUCCUUCCAUCACCUAAAUCUUUUCCUUUCUUGGUUCCAUACCUACUGUUUGAGAACACAAUGUCAGUCACGAAAUUCAAUGCCAUGAUCUCUGGACUAUUUCAGCUGGGAAGUGCUUAUGAGUGGGUAGUAACAAAGAAGACAGGAAGAUCAUCUGAAUCAGAUUUAUUAGCCCUCGCCGAGAGGGAAUCAAAGUCGAUAAACGAAGAGAAAAUCUUGAGGAGGCAUUCUGAGUCAGGUUUAGAAUUGCUAAGCAAACUGAAAGAACAAGAAGUCCCUCCAAAGAAGAAGAAAAACAAGAUCUUCAAGCAGGAACUUGCACUGGCUUUUCUUUUGCUCACCGCCUCUGCUAGAAGCCUGUUAUCGGCACAUGGAGUUCAUUUCUAUUUCUUGCUGUUCCAGGGUUUGUCAUUCCUUGUUGUAGGAUUGGACUUGAUAGGUGAACAGAUAAGCUAAAAAGACCAUAAGGGUGGGGGAUUUUAUUUGCUUUUGACAGCUUGUUUGUUUAACUUAUGCACAGAUUUCCAGUUUCUUGGUGCCUAAAAAAAGCAAGGCUUUUUGAAUGGAUUUACAUCAUAGGUUGAAGUAUUUUACUACCUGAAAUCAUGAGAGAAAAUGAUAGUAGCUGUAAACUAAGUUGAUUUGUACAAUGUUAUAUCUCAUUAAUGUAUGAAAUAAUGAAAAACCCCAGUAUAAAAAAAAAAAGAAGAAAAAAGAAAAAAAGAAUCAGUUUAUUCUUUCA